AUGAGUCGUGCCAGCCAAGUGCCCACACUAGUACUAGUGCUGCGACUGGCCAAACAUUUCUACAGCACCCACGCCCACGAGAGAAAUACAAACUUGUUGCUUCCUCUUUUUUUUCAAGACCAGCAGGCAAACUCUCCUCAGGGAUGUGACUUCCAGCACACUCUCGGGAUUCUGGAUGUGAUUUUAUUUUGUAAACAUUGGAAGAGGGCUAAUCUGUUCAGCAGUCAAGAGGAUGAAUUGACAUGUUGCCUUUGUCUGGACUAUUUUAAACAACCAGUAUUGGUUACAAAAUGUUCCCACAACUUUUGCAAAGAGUGCAUCUCUCAACACUGCAAGGAGACCGGGGCCAAGGCAUCCUGCCCCAAGUGCAGGGGUGAGCUUCAUCCACAAAAUUUGGUAGACAACAGACAACUUGCCAACAUAGUGGAAACCUUCCAGCAUAUUAAGGAAACACCAAGGACAUGGGGAAGGGAUCAAGAGAAGUGCCAAGAAAUCCUAAAACUCUUCUUGGAAGAGAAGAAAGAAGCUAGUGGAUGCCAGACUCUGAAGUUGUCAGCUGGACUUCUGGAUCAGCACAAGGAUAUGGUGAAAAUAAGUGACAUCUCCAAACAAACUGAAGGGGCCUUAGAGGCAAUUAUCAACUGGACAAAGGAGAAAACUGAAAUAAAGGAUCAUGUAUCUCAUAUCAAAAGCUCAGUUGUAGAAGACUUCAGUUUUAUAAAAAAGUACAUUGAUGAUCAAGAAGAAAUGAUGCUAGAGGCUGUUGACCUAGAGUAUACAGCAGUUCAACAGAAAAUAAGCAUAGUGAAUGAGCAGCUUACUGCAAGAGUUGAAAAGCUUUUGGAGUUGCAAAAUAACUUAGAAGAACUACAGAAGAAUGUCUCAUCAGAACAAGAAGUUUAUGUUGGUUCUCCUGUUGCAAUGAAUGAAGUUGCUCUUGACAUUCAGAAGAUCAAUAGCAUUGCAUUUGCUGUACAAGAGUUCAAAAAAAUGCUGGAAAAGUCAGGGUAUCCAGUGCAGCUGCUACAAGAGCCUCCUCCAGGAAUCAUCAAGAGAAAUGAAAUCCAAAUGGAUCUGGCACAGGGUGAGAUUGCUUCCUCCAGCAAUUCCUGUGGAUCUCUCUCUGCUGUAGAGCCUUCUCCGGGAACAAGCAAGAUAAAUGAAUACAGAAGAGACAUGGCACAGCAUGUGAUUGCUUCCUCUAGCAAUUCCUCACAGUCUCAAGAUUCACUUCAGGAAACUGGUCACUGUUCUUCAUCAUUAGCAUCUAACAGUAACAGUCCAAUGUCGGUAAUUUCAAGUCGGUUUUCUCAGUGGGCAUCUGAUGUGACCUUUGAUCUCAAGAGAAUCAAUUGCAAGCUUGAAAUCACGGAGGAUAAAAGAAGGGUGUCUGUGUCCUUAAGUUCCUUUGAUUAUGAACCCUCCCUAAAGAGAUUCCGCAACAGCCAGGUGCUGGGUACCCCGGGAUUUUCUGAAGGGUGCCAUUACUGGGAAGUAAGCACCAAAGAUAGCAAUGGAUGGGCCAUUGGUAUUGCUGAUGAGAAUAUUGGUAGAUUCGAGCAGCUGGGAAGAACUGAGCGAUCCUGGUGCAUAGAAUGGUCAAAAUACCGGCUUUCAGCAUGGCACAGCAAUAAAGAAACUCUCAUUAGUGCAGAGAAACCUCGGCAGGUCGGAGUUUUUCUUGAGAUUCCAAAGAACUGCUUAUCAUUUUACUCUCUCACUGAUGAGGAGAGUUGUUUACAUAAGUUUGAUAUCAAUGUGGUCAAUCCUGUUUACCCUGCUUUUUGGAUAUAUCAUGGUAGUGUUCCAGGUGAAUGUUUAACUAUAAAUAAUAUCAAGAGGUAUUGCAGCAUAUCUACACUGUAAACAUAACUAUUUUCAUACCAUUUUAUACUAUAAUGGCAUCCUGCACAAGAAGCCAGAGAACUAUAGUUUGGUUAGGGUGCUUCUCCAUUAGAGACGUGCAGUCAGUGCUCCUUCCUUCCAACCCCUCAGAUUAUUGUUCCUGGAGGACAGAGACUAUUAAAUCAGUUUAAUUCUAAUGAAGAUAUGCCUAGCCUAGCCACUGGAUGGAAAACAUAGACUAGAAAAUAUAUGUUUGACUAAAGAAAGGAUUUCGAGUGUGGAAUGCACAAGGGCUUAAAUGUUUUGGUUCUUGGGUUAUACUGCGGAGCCCAGCCUAACAGUGCUUUUAGAACGAAAUUGCACAUAUGACCUUCAUAUCUGUAACAAUUUCAUGGUGGGUAUAGUAGAUUUUCUCUAGUCUCAUAUUGCCAAACAAUACAGCAGCAAAAAAACUUAGGAUGUUCUUAGAACUGGAGAAUAGUUGGUAAUCCAGUCAAUAAAGUAGAUCAAACCACCAGUUCUGGUGUUCCAAAGUAGUUCCUGAUAAGAGAACACUACUGUAAAUUUGCAAGCGAGUAGGACUCAAGUCUCCUUUAUAGGAUAAUGAAGUUUCCUUUCCAGAAUGCCCAGAAAUCUAACAGUUGAUACAGAAAUGAUUGUUACUUCCUUUCCCUUGCUUCUGUCAGUUAUAGAUAGGGACUUUGUCCACAAAAAUGUUGUUGUAGGUAGUCAGUCAAACACAGGAAGGAAGCAGGGAUAUCUGUUGAUGGGUACAAGAGGCAGGCCCUAAGAUUUCAAGAGAGUGUUGCCGCCUUCAUGAACUCUGCCACUUAUUAAAAUCAUUGGGAGAGGUCCAGUUGUUGUUACCUAGGCUUGCCACCUGAAGAGCUCCUAAAUAAAGAACAGGCAGGGCAGCCGGUGGUCGGGAAGGCUGCUUAAACUCACCUUCCCGCCCCAUGAACGAUUUCAUGUUCCUGGGAAUGCAGACCGCACUACCAGACAAGCAGCACCGUGUGAUGCAGCAUGAAGCUCUGGAGGCCGGGAUGAUGCGAUCUGAUCUCCAGGAAUACCGCAAUGCACUGUGCCUGUCUCUGUGUGUGGCUGGGCUGGAAGCAGACUGUGCUUGCACAUGAGCACGUAGCCAGGGUUAAGGGAGAGUAACCUUGGCUAACAGCCAGGCUUAAAAGCCAGGCCAGGUGGUGCUGCCGCACUGGGAUAGGGCCCCAUCGCGGUGGUUCUCACCUGCAGGCUAACCCAGGCAGGGCAUCCCUGCCUGGGUUAGGUGGCGUGUGAGAAUAGCCUCACUAUAAGUCCUUAAUAAAAUGACAUUAUGUGUGUCCAUCAGAACAUGAACAAUAAUGUAUUAGUAGUGUAACGCAGCGGAGAAAUGACUUGAUUAGCAAGCCAGAGGUUGCCGGUUCGAAUGCCGCUGGUAUGUUUCCCAGUCUAUGGGUGUCAGGGUCCCUCCCUGAUGCCCUUCUCAACUUUAGGGAGGUGAUUUUUUAUUGUUCUAUGACAGUUUAGUCUCCAUGUUCUAGGAAUUCAUUCAGCUUUUACUUUCCCUCGCUGCCACCAUAUAAAUUCUUGUUACCUUGCUCUCGGUACUCAACCCCUUUGGCUGCAUAGCCUUGCAAGCACAGGAUAGAGGAAUAUGUUCAGGAUAUAAAAUGAAACAAAACUUGAGGUAUAAAAUGAAAACAAGAAUAAGUUCAUUAUUUACUGAUUAGAAUAAAGAUCUCUGCAAAGCAGGGCACACAAGCUUCUCUAACAAGUUACUAGGUACAUCAGCUGUUCUGGAUAAAAGGUAACAUAUAGGGAGGUGAGAUAAGUGGGACAGAGGUAAUUAAACUUGGGUUUGUAAACUUAAUGAAUUUCUCCGGACCCCCUUGUCUGUUACUAGAUGAACUUGGAAAAACCCAAGUUUCUAAUUAAUGAAAAUUCAUCAGAAGCCAAUAAGAUAUCUCCUUUUAUCAUCUCUUGUUUUACCUGUUAAAUAAAAGUGAAAGAAAUUUGCGGGGCUCUUUCUGGUAACAAAAUAAAGUAAAAGUACCCAGUGCUCAUGCGCACACCAGAAGCAUGUGUGCACAUGUUGCGCUUGCUUGUGCACCUACUUUGCUUGAGUGCAUGUGCGGCAGGUACUUCCUUUUCCCUUCCGGCCGAGGAGGACACUGGGGCUGGAGGGAGGUAUGCUGCCACCCCAACGGAGACUUUUAAAAUGGAGUGCUGAUGGGGAAAACGUGGCGGGAGGAGUAAGGGCACUCUCCACCACCCUUAAAGAUAUGCCCCCCCCCGGUUCCGUGCACAUCCCUUCCCCAAACUGGGCCAUCUCUAGAGUUGCCCCAAGACUCUGGGACACACUCCCAAAUGAAAUCAGAAUCUUCCCCAUCUCUGGUUGCUUUUAAAUGACUUUUGAAAACUUCUGCUUAUCAGGCUUUUCGUUUAUGAUGUUUUAUUUAUGGUAAUUUAAUCUGUUGUUUUUAUUAUUAGGUUUUAGUUGUUGUUUAAAUUGUAAACCAUCCUGAGAUUUUAUAUAGGGUGGCAUAUAAAUGUGUUAAACAAACAAAAUAAUUAUAUUCAUGAUAUUGCUGUUUUUCAUCCCAAGAGUUACAGCUCAGUUACAUGUGAAAAAUUAAUUUGGUAAAUAUAUUAUUGAAAGUA